GAAACCUUGUACCCACCCCAAAUCCACCUGUUGAUUUAUAUCUUAUGAUGGGUUUCCCUAUGCAAUGCUCUUAGGGCUACCAAACAAACAGGUGGAUGUACAUCUCUACGACCUCUGUUGUUAUGGAGAAAACGGAGCCUCAAAGGAGAGUGUACAUAUCUCUCCCUAAAAAACACAGGACCGCUUUGGCCAAAAAGUGUAAACUGGAUCACGGGCUUGUCAUUAAGGAUCUCAGCACUAACAUAAAUGAAGGAUACCUACAAGCUUACUUCCGACAGUGGGGCAGCAUUACAGCAUGCACGAUCAAGAAGACUCCACAGGACUCUGACUCAAAGAGUGCCAGUGCGUUGGGAUACGUGGGUUUUUCCUCUGAGGAGGAGGCAGAAACGGCAGACUGGGCGGGUCCUCACUAUAUAGGAGGCAUGGAAGUGGAGGCCAAGAGAGUUGUCAGUCUGAAGAUGGAUGACCCAGAAGGUUGAGGUCAUCCCAGCCAGGUCUAUCUGCAGACGUGACCAUGGGUCUGUUCAUCAAUUGAGCUUCUUCGAGAAUGUAUCAAUGAGGCCGGAUGAUACUGUACCUACGUUAUUUUGUUUUGAAAGCAAUUUUGGAUGGGAUACAUGGAUUAUUUGUUGAAAAAUAAAUGUAGAUUAUAAUUUCUUUCUAUGAUUUGGUUUGAUUGUAACAAUUUGUUUUCAGAUGUCUUAUGUACCUUGAUUUACUGAUUUGUAAUGAAAUGCCAAUUGUUUUCAAUUCUGUGAACAUUAUAAGGCCUAUGUUGCAUGAACUUUUAGUAGAAUAAGCAAAGAUAUUACUAGAAAGGGACAUUUCCUAAAGAAAAUGUAUGUUUGCUAGAAGUAUUUAUGAUAGUGACAGCAAUAGUAGUAAUGAUUGAUUGAUUGAUUGCAUUUAU